AUGGACGCCUCUUCCGGGUCCAAACCACCUUACAAGAUCGAACUGGCCGGUGGCACCGUUCACGUCCAUCUGGAUUGCUCCAACUGCGGGACUACAGCAUGGGACCACCAGCAGGUGGCGUGGCUUGCCGACCGCAUAGCCCAUCAUCUCCAAAGGACAAACCAACAAUCUACCCGCCUGAAUUCUCACCUAGGAUUGACGCCGGACGAGUCUUUCUCGCCGCCCUUGCAGUCGAUCACUGCUGCCGAUGCAACACCGACACUGCCAAUCAACCUGGGUAAGAAGGGGCCAAGAACACGUACAGGGUGUUUCACAUGCCGCAUGAAGCGUGUCAAAUGUGACGAGACCAAGCCAAUAUGCAACAGGUGCAGGCGCAAUCCGGAGCGCAACUGCGUGUAUCCUCGCACGAAUACCGACACAAAACGAGAGCGCGAGCUCAUGGCGCGGCCCAAGGCGCUCGCAACGGGGCAGUCGCAGGCGUUUAGCUCCUCAGCGGCACAUCGCCCAUCUGCGUCUCGCGCACGCCAGAACCGCAACCCUGGCUCGUCGCUAUUACGAGCGGCAUGGAACGGUCCACCCCCCCAGGAGACGCGGCAGCUCGACGACCCGGCGUCCAGCCCAAUCCUACCGGACCAGUUCGGCCUGUUCCUGGACGGGAUAUCCUACGUCUCCUCUCCAGGACUACUCAAUGCCCACCCUACGAAACCUGGUGCGCGGGCUCGGGGCGACCGCGUCCUCGCAAAGCUGUGGGAGGCACAGAUGUUCAUUUCCGCUGGAGGUGCGGCCGAGGUUGGCACCAACGUGCAGGCCACGCUUGCCGCCGCGCUGGUGAACAUCACGUGGAGUCUGGGGGCGGUUUCGCGCGCAUUUGAGGGCACACAUCCGACUGAAGCACACGAUAUCAUGAUUGAGCGAUCUAGGCGGUUCGCGGACGACGCGGCUCAAGUCAUCCAUGCGUUCAACCGCGGCGAGGGACCCAACGAGCCCGAGACCAUGCUCAUUAUCUUGGAGCUGCUUCUUCUUCGAGAUUGCGGGAGCGGCGAUCCGCUAUGGGCCAAAACACAUGCUCUUCUACGCGCAUAUACGCACCGAUGUGGUGAACCGCGUAAGAUGCUUGCAGACAACCGCUUGGUCGUGUCCAGCAGCAGUCUGUACGAGCAGCACCUUGUGUAUCUUGCGCUGUACGAUGCGUUUGCGUCCCUCAGCCUCGGCAUGGCGCCGUCCUUGGUGGAACCACAGAGGCCAGGCAAGAAGCAGUGGAUUGAGGAGGUCGCGUCUGCGCAGCAAGUCAUCCAGUCCGACUUUGGGAUGAGUCUGCACUCGCUCUUCGCAGUCGCCAGGCUCGCGCAGCUCCUGGCCGAGCGACCGAACCCGGCGUCUCCGCAUAACCAUGCUCACCAGCUCGCGUGUCUGGCGAUGUACGAGGAGCUGGAGACCACGACUCUGGCGACAAUUUAUUCAUCGCCCGCGCCCAUCCGCGUUCAGUUUGGCGACCUGUUAAUCCGGCACUCGCUCAUUUGCCAUCUGCAGCGCGUUGCGUUCGAGCGCCGUGCCAACGAUCCCAUCGUGCAGAGGAGCGCAGCCGCCAUCAUGGAAUUGCUCGCAGAGGUCGCGGUCCACACCGGCUCGAUGGUCAACCUCAACUAUCCUAUGCUCGUCGUGUCCGGCCUCGUGGAUAAGGAGGACCAGGAGCGCCUCCAGAUCCUCAUGGACUUUGCCAAGGUAUCGAGUGGGCUUGUCGAGCUCGAUCGGUUGGAGAGUAUUGUAUAUGAGGCGUGGAGGCGGCAGGAUGCGGGUGAGGAGGAGCUGCGGAUGACUGACAUCUGGAGCCAGAGGGCAAUCAUGCUGAUCCUGUAG